AUGCCCGGCUUCGCACAGGCCUCAGAUCUCAAUGCCUGGUCUGCCCUCCAGGACCACCACCAGAAGCUAGGAAAGGACAUUGUCUUGAAGGAGUAUUUCAAAAAGGACCCGCAGCGAUUCGAGAAGUUUAGCCACACCUUCAAGAACGAUGCCGAGAACACGGAGAUCCUCUUCGACUUCUCCAAAAACUUCAUCACCGAGGAGACGCUGAGGCUCCUCGUUGAGCUCGCCAAGGAGGCUGGCCUCGAGAAGCUCCGUGAUGACAUGUUUGCUGGUGAGAAGAUCAACUUCACCGAGGACCGCGCCGUCUACCAUGUCGCCCUCCGCAACACCUCCAACCAGAAGAUGGAGGUCAACGGCCAGAGCGUUGUCGAAGGUGUCAACGAGGUACUUGAUCACAUGAAGGAGUUCAGCGAGCAGGUUCGCAGCGGCGAAUGGAAGGGUUACACUGGCAAGAAGAUCGACACCAUCAUCAACAUUGGUAUUGGUGGUUCUGACCUUGGCCCCGUCAUGGUCUCCGAGGCCCUCAAGGCCUACUCUAAGCGCGACCUCAAGAUCCACUUCGUCUCCAACAUUGACGGAACCCACAUCGCCGAGGCAUUGAAGGACUCCAACCCUGAGACCUCCCUCUUCCUCAUCGCCUCCAAGACCUUCACCACAGCCGAGACUGUGACCAAUGCAAACACUGCCAAGUCAUGGUUCUUGAAGAGCGCAAAGGAGGAGGACAUUGCGAAGCACUUCGUCGCCCUUUCAACCAACGUUGAGGAGGUCACAAAAUUUGGUAUUGACAAGAAGAACAUGUUCGGCUUCUCCGACUGGGUUGGUGGGCGUUACAGUGUCUGGAGUGCCAUCGGCCUCAGCGUUGCUCUCUACAUUGGUUUCGACAACUUCCACCAGUUGCUUGCUGGUGCCCACGCUAUGGACAAGCAUUUCAAAGAGACUCCUCUUGAGAAGAACAUCCCCGUUAUCGGCGGUCUUUUGAGUGUGUGGUACUCCGACUUCUUCGGUGCGCAAACGCACCUUGUCUCUCCCUUCGAUCAGUACAUGCACAGAUUCCCUGCGUACCUGCAGCAACUGUCCAUGGAGUCGAACGGAAAGGCUAUCACCCGCAGCGGUGACUACGUCAAGUACACGACCGGACCCAUUCUGUUCGGUGAGCCCGCUACCAACGCUCAGCACUCGUUCUACCAGCUUCUUCACCAGGGUACCAAGCUCAUUCCCACCGACUUCAUUCUCGCUGCGCAGAGCCACAACCCUGUUGAGAACAACAAGCACCAGAAGAUGCUUGCAUCCAACUUCUUCGCACAAGCUGAGGCCCUCAUGGUCGGCAAGACCCCUGAUGAGGUUAAGGCCGAAGGUGCACCCGCUGAACUUGUCUCCCACAAGACCUUCUUGGGCAACCGACCUACUACCUCCAUCUUGGCCGAUAAGAUUACCCCCGCCACUCUUGGUGCCUUGAUCGUGUACUACGAGCAUCUUACCUUCACCGAGGGUGCCAUCUGGAACAUCAACAGCUUCGACCAGUGGGGUGUCGAGCUCGGCAAGUCUUUGGCCAAGAAGAUCCAAGCGGAGCUCGAUGAUGACAAGGAGUCCACAUCGCACGAUGCUAGCACGAGCGGUCUCAUCAAUGCUUUCAAGAAGAAGGCCGCUCUGUAA